UUCGUGUCAACAAAAUUUCAGAUAUAUUUUAGUAACACACAGAUAGGUCAUCCAAAUUGGUUCAUUUUUAAAAUUCAAAAGCAGAACUGCUGCAGGCCAGUGGUGAUUUCGAAGAGCAGUUCAUCGGAAAAUUCUAGUAAUCUCCAUGGACAGAAACCACAAGUCGGACGAGGCCUUUAAUCAGUCCAUGACCGGCAGCAAUCGCCACGUUAUGUGGAAGCUCAAUGACGAGGAAGAAACUUUUGACUCCUUGGUCAACUAUCGUCGCGUUCCAGUUCGCAAUCUUUGUACAUCUGCCCAGCCAAGCCAAAGUCACUUAACCGAUAUACCCACCAAGAGUCGAACAUCCUCUGAGAACUGGUUGUUACAAGUGCGCGACGUCGAAAAAAAGGACGAGCGAGAGCGAGGCAAGAAGUCAGUUACCGUGCGGGAGCCGGUUUGGAGUGCUAAUCGCGCAUCGGCCACUUCUCUGCCAGAGGUGAAGGAGACCAACUCCAAGGAACGGGCUAUUAUCUACUGGCGACGUCUCUUCGACGGACUUCAUAAGCGACAGCAGGGCAAAAAAGAUACGGAAGCCGAAAUUGGAAAAGAAGAACCGACGGAUAUCGCGCUGACAGCCAAACCUAGCCUAGCGUUGCGCUACAAACCAUCUCACGAGUCGCUUAAGUAUAAGCAGAGCAGGGACCCGGCACCUGAACGAUUCCCGAGCAUUUUCCAGGGAUCAUCAUCGUGUAAGAUGAUAACUGACCUCAAGAUGGAAUCCUGUAGCCUGCCGCCGCAGCAGACGUGUGUGGUGCGCGAGGUGGAACCUCGGUUUGCCUAUCGAAGGCGCAUGUCGAUAACGAACGACACAGAUUCAUGCUGCUCCGGCGAGCUAGAGGUCCCCAAGAACAGUCCCGUCCAGGACCAGAAUUCUGGAAACCGACUGCGUAGCGAGGUGAUCAGCGUCCAUGUAUCGACGCCAACCAGCGGGUUCAUGGAGGCUAGGCGGCGGGGCACAUCUCCAAUUAGACGUCGGACUGCGGUGACCAAGAUGGCCGCUGGAACGAAGGCCGCAUCAUCCCCAGCAGCAGUGGCCAACAAGUCCUCCAGUGCCAGCAGCGGCAGUGCGGGUACCACUCAACUUCCCACCUUCCGACAGCGACAACAUGAGCUUCAUCGCUAUCGUGUUCUGAUAGAGCGGCGGCGUCUCGAUCUCCUGGAGCUGAAGAUAGCCCGCGAACGUGAAGAGGCGUUGCACAGCGAAAUACUGUUCCAUAAGGACUUACAGAUUAAGGAACACGCGAUCAAGGCGUACGAGGACAACGACUGCUCAAAUGCUUAAGACUUCCUCCGUUCUUUUACUCUCCACUUUUGGCUCUAAAUAAAGGUUUUAAAAUUUUCGAAA